GUCAUCAUCAAUCGAGGUCACAGCUGCCUUGAAUCGAGAAACGGUCAAGGCUGUCCGCCGCUGCAAGAUAAAAGCUGCGAAGAGGGAUGUGUUCCCUCAUCAUAAUCAUAUCCUAUUUCCUACUACUCUCUCGGCGAGAGCAUUACCACCUAUCGUGAAUAAUCACGAUGUUUAUUCCUAUCAUAAUCGCUUCUAUUAUCUCAUCAAUUAAUGCUGCAGCUAUAGUAUCUCGUUCACAAUCAUACCCAUUAUCUCAGCCCACCGUACUGGGCCCCAAAACCAGACUGACCAUAGGUAAUAAAGUCAUCGCCCCCGAUGGCUUCGAACGCUUAGCAACUCUUGUGGAUGGCGUAUUCCCUGGACCCUUGAUUGCAGCUCAGAAGGGAGAUGACUUUGCCAUUGAGGUGGUCAACGAGCUAGAGGACGAGUUGAUGUUUAAGAGUACCAGUGUCCACUGGCACGGUCUCUACCAGAACGGGACGGGCUAUGCUGACGGGGCGUCCUCGGUCACGCAAUACCCCAUUGCCCAAAACCACUCUUUUUUGCACUCUUUCUCCGCCCCGAACCAAGCAGGCACUUAUUGGUAUCACAGUCAUUAUUCCGUCCAAUAUUGUGAUGGUCUGAGGGGUCCCCUGGUAAUCUAUGAUCCUUGUGACCCUUUGGCAUACAUGUACGAUGUCGACGAUGCGAGUACCGUGAUCACCCUUUCCGACUGGUAUCAUACUGUGGCCACCGUUUUACGCUACAUCAGAGGUAAUACUGCGAGCUCUUCGCUCAUCAAUGGACUCGGUCGAUAUGCUGGCGGACCCGAGUCUGAUCUCGCGGUGAUCACUGUUGAGCAGGGAAAGCGAUAUCGCAUGCGCCUGAUUUCAAUGUCGUGCGAUCCCAACUUCCAGUUCUCCAUAGAUGGCCAUAACUUAACCGUCAUCGAAGCGGAUGGAGAGCUGACCGAACCUUUGGUGGUAGACCAGCUCCAGAUUUUUGCAGGUCAGCGCUAUUCCGUGGUUCUGGUGGCCGAUAAGCCGGUGGAUAACUACUGGAUACGCAAUCUUCCUAAUACGGCGAAUGCAUCCUAUGAGGGUGGAACGAAUUCUGCUAUCCUGCGCUACAAAGAUGCCCGAAAGGCCGAACCGACUACCAUCAAUACCGCACCCAAAAACCCGUUGGCAGAGACCAACUUGCACGCUCUGAUCAAUCCAGGUGCUCCGGGUAUUCCAGAGUAUGGGAAGGCAGACAUCAAUCUCAACCUCGAGGUUACCUCCAUUAACGGAACCUUCUAUGUUAAUAAUGCCACUUUCAAACCCCCCACCGUUCCUGUUCUACUCCAAAUUCUCAGUGGAGCUCAAGAGCCGUCUCAGCUGCUCCCAAACGGGAAUGUAAUCGUUCUCGAGGCUCACAAAGUGGUAGAGUUGACAUUGUCAACAACCGGUCCAGGUGGACCCCACCCCAUACACCUUCACGGGCAUUCCUUCGAUGUCGUACAGAGCGCGGGCAACAGCACCUUCAAUUACGUGAACCCAGUUCGCCGCGACGUGGUAAGCGCUGGAAGCCCUGGGCAGCAGAUGGUGAUACGAUGGGUGACCGACAAUUCUGGCCCCUGGUUCUUGCAUUGUCACAUUGACUGGCACCUCGAAGCCGGGCUGGCCAUAGUAUUCGCGGAAAGUCCCUCAGAUACCCGCGCACAUAUGAAAGACGUGUCAGAUGCAUGGGACCAGUUAUGUCCGACCUUUGACUCUCUAACACCCUUGCAGUUGGGGGGUGGAGGCAUCAAGGCCUACGAAGAAGCAGCUAAUAUUUCCACUCUCCUUUACCCGCCACCGCCCCUCCCUUCAAUGAAGUAGGAUAAUUCUUAUUACGGGGGCAUAAUUUUUGCAGGACAACCUGCAUGCGGACAAAUUUCUUGCAGAUACUACUCAAAUCCCACUUGGAUAUUUUCUUUUGUAAUUCCCGAUAUAAUUGACUUCCUUCCCCCAUCAUAGUAUGAUACUUACUAGCUAAUGCUAAUCUCCAGAAUGUAACAGACCCAUUAUACGACAUCUAUGACGGUUAAUCUUAGUUGUACCAU